AGGCCUGCCAGGGCUAGCCACAGCAGGGGGCCUGGGACAGGUGACCCUUGGGAAAUGGGAGUUUAUCUGUGUGUAGCAUCAGGGAAGUCAGACGGCUGAACCUCUUUGGGAACGAGCUGAGCUGAGCUGAGCUCAGGGAUGAACACAUCCCUCUGGAGUCUCUACCCCUCAGAUGUGUUCUACCGCCUGCCCCCGCCGCUCACUGCCCCCCCCACUGCCCGCCCCCAUCUGCUCUGGUUUCCCUCUUGGCUUGCUCCCUGUUUUCAGCCACUUGGCCUGCCUCUUCUCAACAAGUAUGGCUGUCUCAGCCUGGGCUUCUUUCUCCUCUCCCGGUUCUCUUUGCCUUGCCUCGUAACUUUAAUGGUGCAAGGCUUGGCCUGCCAGGCCUCUGUCCCUAGAUCCACUCGGCUGGCUUUCUCUGCCUGCCUCUCCUUGUCUCUCUGCAUCUCUCCAUCUCUCCAGCCUAGUCUUUAGUGGUGGUGGUAGUGAUGGUGGUGGUGGUGGUUACUGAACUAUGUAGCUCUCAUGAAGAUGAGGCUUAUCACCAUGUAAGCAAAUACGAACCUUGGACUUCUGAUCCUCCUGCUUCCCAGCUCCUAGACUACAGGCCUGUACCACCAUGCCUGGUUCUCAAUAUGGUACUGCGGAAUCAAGCCUAGGUCUUUGUGCCUUCUAGACAAGUACUCUACCAACUGAGCUACAUUUCCAGCCCUGGUUGCUUUAUAUUUUUGAGAUAAGUUCUCAGCAAGUUGCUCAAAAUAGAUUUGAAUUUCUUCUAUAGCAUAGGCUGGCCUUGAACUUGCAAUACACUUGCCUCCACUUCCAGGGUAGCUGGGAUCUCAGGCCUAUAACACUGGACCAGGCUCUGUCUCAGUCUGUCUCUGUGUAUCCCCCAGCCCAUCUACCCAUCUGUCUACCCAUCAGUCCAGCUCUCUAUCCAUCCAUCCAUCCUUAUCUUUACCUCUGUCACACCUGGGAAGCCUUCCCCCUUAGUUUAUUCCCAGUGUUCCUUUCCCCCUUCUCUUCCCACAGACAGAAUUUCAAAAGAACAGGACAGGGGAAGGGAGCCAAGGGAGAAAGGUGGCAAUGAUGAGUGAAAGGAGAGGACAGCAAGAAGGGAGGAUGCUGUCACAGCAAUGGCUUAUGGCACCAGCUGUGUCCACAGUGGGCACAGUGAGCAGCUGCUGAGCCCAACAGAUGGCUACAGUGAUGGGGAACAGCCUGAGAACAUCGGAGCUGAAAGUAGAGCCGGAAACGGAACCAUGCGACGGAGCACAAAGAGAAGGUGGCUGUCACAGAGGGCUGUGGGGACCGGCACUAAAUUUUGCUGGUUCCACUGGCUGAUUUCCUGCUUCAGGGCUCAUAUAAAUAGCCCACUGCUUCUGAGAGCUUGUUCCUGGAGCACUGGGCCAGAGGCUUUAAUCUUAACUGUGUCACUUCAUCGUUAUAGCCCUGCUGAGACAUGAGUCUUAUUGUUAAUGCCCUUUUCACAAAUGGAGAAACUGAGGCUCAGAAAGGUGAAGUAACUCAUCCAAGUUCACCAGGCAGGUAAGCACCAAGCUGGCGUGAUGGUGGGAGCCUGCAGCCUGGCUGAAGUUACCCUGAUCCUCUCGCUGCUCCCCAGAAGUCUGGAGAGCUGCGGGCACAUCAGGAUCUCAACCCCCGUUGUCCGCCUGGGGGACCCUGUCGUGGCCUCCUGCACUAUCAGCCCAAACUGCAGCAAACUGGACCAAGAGCCACAGAUCCUAUGGAGACUGGAAAAUGAGCCAAACCAGCAUGGAGACAGACAGCGAAUUCUGCCUGAUGGGACCCAGGAAUCCACCAUCACGCUCGCUCACCUGAACUACACCCAGGCCUUUCUCUCCUGCUUAGUGCCGUGGGCUGACAGCUUCCAGAUCCUGGAUCAAGCUGAGCUUCAGGCAGGCUAUCCUCCUGCCAGCCCCUCCAACCUGUCCUGCCUCAUGUACCUCACCAACAACAACCUGGUCUGCCAGUGGGAGCCAGGCCCUGAGACCCACCUGCCCACCAAUUUCUUCCUAAAGAGCUUCAGGAGCCGUGCUGACUGCCAAUACCAGGAGGACUCCAUCUUUGACUGUGUGCCGGAGGAAAGGCAGAGCAAAUGCUCCAUCCCCCGCAAACGGUUGAUCCUGUACCAGAAUAUGGUCAUCUGGGUGCAAGCAAAGAAUGUGCUAGGGACCAGUGAGUCCCCAAAGCUGUGCCUUGACCCCAUGGAUGUUGUGAAAUUGGAGCCCCCCACGCUUCGGGCCCUGGACAUUAGCCCUGAUAUGGUCCCACGCCUGCCUGGCUGCCUGUGGCUGAGCUGGAAGCCAUGGGAACCCAGUAAUUUCAUGGAGCAGGAGUGUGAACUCCGUUACCAGCCAGAGCUCGAAGGAGCCAACUGGACACUGGUGUCCCACCUGCCUUCCAGCAAGGACCAGUUCAAGCUCUGCGGGCUCCAACAGGCCCCAGUCUACACCCUGCAGAUGCGAUGCAUCCGCUCACCUCUGCCUGGACUCUGGAGCAGCUGGAGUCCUGGCCUGCGGCUGAGGCCCACCAUUAAAGCCCCCAUCAUCAGACUGGACACAUGGUGGCAGAAGAAGCAACUGGAUCCUGGGACAGUGGGUGUGCAACUGUUCUGGAAGCCAACACCCCUACAGGAAGACAGUGGGCAGAUACAGGGCUACCUGCUCUCCUGGAGCUCCUCAGAUCGGCCCGGGCAGGACACACACCUCUGUAACACCACGGAGCUCAGCUGUACCUUCCGCCUGCCCUCAGAGGCCCAGAAUGUGACCCUUGUGGCCUACAACACAGGGGGCACCUCUCUGCCUACUCCAGUGGUUUUCCGGGAGAACAAAGGUCCAGCUGUGACCAGACUCCAUGCCAUGGCCCAAGACCCUGAUAGCAUCUGGGUAGACUGGGAAGCGCCCAGCUCUUUGCCUCAGGGCUAUCUGAUUGAGUGGGGCCUGGGGCCCAUCUCCAAUUACAGCAGUAAGAACUGGAGGAUGGAACCUGAUGGGAACAUCACUGGAAUUCUGUUAGAGGACAACAUAAGUCCCUUUCAGCUCUACGAAAUCUCAGUGGCUCCCCUAUACCCAGGCACCGUGGGACCCUCUGUAAAGGUCUACACCUACUCUGGAGAGAGAGCCCUUCCUCAUGCUCCAGAGCUACAGCUAAAACAAAUUGGCAGGACCUGGGCACAGCUGGAGUGGGUACCUGAGACCCCGUGGCUGGGGAUGAUACCCCUCACGCACUAUACCAUCCUCUGGACCGAUGCUCACAACCAGUCCUUCUCUGUCAUCCUGAACAUCUCCUUCCAUGGCUUUGUCCUGAACCACCUGCAGCCCGCCAGUUUGUAUCAUGUCUACCUCAUGGCCACUAGCCGGGCAGGGUCCACCAACAGUACGGGCCUUACCCUGAUGACCAUGGCCCCAGAGACAUCCGAGCUACACAUUUUCCUGGCUAUACUUUGCAUUCUAUUUUUGUUCAUCAGCUUCUGUGCAGCUGCCUGGUUCUGCUGCAAGCACAGCAGGAAGAAUUUCUUCUGGCCAAAUGUGCCAGACCCAGCCCACAGCAGCCUGAGCUCCUGGGUGCCCACCAUCAUGCCAGAGGAAAUCUUCCAGCUGCCUAAUUUCUGGGACUCCGGCAUGCCACCGAUCACCAAGAUCACUGUACUGGAGGAAGACAAGAAACCGACCCAUUGGGAUUCCAGUGAAAGCUUUGGGACCAGCAGCCUCCCCGCCCUGGUUCAGGGCUAUGUUCUCCAAGGAGAUUCAAGAGCAAUUUCCAACCAGUUCCAGCCCCACUCUGACACUGGUGACCAGGUCCUUUAUGGUCAGGUGCUGGGGAGCCCCACCAGCCCAGACAUAGUGCGGUACCUUCGCUGUGACUCCACUCAACCCCUCUUGGGGGCCCCCACACCCAGCCCUAAAUCCUAUGAAAAUGCCUGGUUCCAUUCAAGACCCCAGGAGACCUUUGUGCCCCAGCCUCCAAGCCAGGAAGAUGACUGUGUCUUCGGGCCACCGUUUGAGUUUCCCCUCUUUCAGGGGCUCCAGGUCCAGGGAGUUGAAGAAUAAGGGAAUUUCUAGGACUUUCUGGGGCCUUGCAUCUUAAAGGCCCUGGGCUGUUUAAAGGAGAAGAGCUCUCCGCUGAAAACUACUGGCUCUGAGAGAAGCAGAAAGGCCCAGUCUGUUUCCAUCCCUGGUUCCUAGCACCUCUCCUUCACCCCAACCUCCACAGGUUGCACCCCCAAGUCACCCUCACUCUUCAAGGUCCAGAUAGAUGCUGUUUCCAGCACAGCACUCACCUUUUGUAUUUACUAUCAUUUCAGUCUGUUAAACUGAUUUUAGGUUUUGAGUUGGGACUGGCGUUUUCAGAAAUUCUUACCAGACAUGGUGGUAUCACAUACCUAUCAUCCCAGCACUGGGAGGAGACGCAGGAACAUUGCAAGUUCCAGGCCAGCCUGGGCUACAUAAGGAGCUCCUGUCUCAAAAACUGAGCAAAAACUAAAUAAAAAGUAAACUUUUUUUUUUAAA